AUGGAAUAUCCGUGUCUUUUGCAAACGGCAGCUUGUUUCCUCGCUGCUGUAGCAGGCCAAACAUUUGAUAACACAGGAAAAGAAUUUGUGGUAGCUUUCUUUAAAGCCCUUAACCUGAAAAAUUUUGACGCCUACGUCUUAAUGGCAUCCGUAAACCCCGAGAACGUGAACGUUACAGCCAUUGUUAGAUACGAUCCUCACACCUUCCUCAAACCGUCCAAUCUCAAGCUCGCUCCGGGAAACGUAGAGAAGUUAAGUCUUCAGGAACAGUAUGGUCCAAACCAGAUGGCGUUCCCGGUUCUGCGGAUUAACGCAUCUCAUCCAGUCACAGUCACCGCAAUCGUGGAAGGUCCAAACUCAGCUGCCUCCUAUCUUGUGUAUCCUGAAAAUGUCGCCGGUGAGGUAUACAGAAUGAUGCCUUUCUGCAAUAAAACGGUAGAUGGUUUAUGUAUUUGCGUCAUUAUAACAUUAAAGGAGAAUACCUCAAUUAUGCUUGAAAAUAAAAAUAAUGGCAACAUAUCUGUCUACACAGAACAACAUGCGGUAGGCGAAGAAACAAUUGACUCUCUGUUGAUGCCAAAUGAUAAAAGGAACCUCAUGUACGAAAACAAACACAGCUAUAUUUCGCUGGAAAGUCGUGAUGAUUUUACUGGACUCUUAAUGCAAGCCAACAAUCCAGUAGUUGUAUUCUGUGGUGGGAGAAAAGAUGAUGCUACCAUGUCAAUGGAACAAAUUCUUCCCAUUGAUUACUUUGGUCAGUCCUUUUAUUCGUUUCCCUUUGAUCACAAUGCUAUGGCAACACCCAAACUCAGAUUCAUAGCACACCAUAACUGUACAACAAUAUCUGUUGAUUAUGAAGAUAGUUGGAAAAUACACGCCGGGGAUACUUUAGAACUUUCAAUGAAUAAAUCUUCUCCAUUCAAUUUUUCUGCUAAUAAACCAGUAGCAUUAAUUCAAAUCUUUUCUGGUCCUAAUCCCAGUGGAAGAGAUCCAAACAAUUAUGAAGAAGGUUUGUUGUUGAUACCCGCAUUGGGACGAUAUUUGAACUCAGUAGUUAUUCCAAGACGUCAGGGAAAAGACAAAUCUGCGAAUAGCAAAAUGCGUGUAGGACUUGUUUCUGAUGUCCAUUAUAAUUUUCAGACGCAAGGAGGAAACACUUCGCUAAAAACUGUCAGUAGGGGCAUCGUGCGGGAGUCUGACAACGACGGCAGGCUGUUAAAACUCGCACAGCAGGGAUAUACAAAGGGAAACACUUUUAGUGCCUACACGUAUCGGCCAGCCGGAAACGACGGUUCGUUCAGCGUCGUUGGUUUCAAAUUUUUCAAAAGAAAGAAUGAUAAUCGUCGAUAUUCUAGUGAAACCUAUAGUAAUACAGAAGACGAGGAGAUUGACGAUCCAAUAGACACUGAAAUUACAACACUUACACCAGAUAUACAGAGUUCUACUACAGAGGCUUCUCAGACUUAUACCGAGGAAAGCACCACAGAGGAUAACAACGUAGAAACAAGCACCGAAACAAAUACAGACACAUCCUCUGACAAAAUCACGCAAGGAACAACAUCAACUGAACACACCAACUUGCAACAUGUUCAAUACGUAUGCCCACCAUGUCAGUCGAAGCCUAAAGCCGAAACCAGCAUUCAGACAGAGGAGGAAAUCAAGGAGAAAAUCGAGAAAAUUAAAAAAGCCCUCAUUAUAAACAAACAUGAUCUCUCCUCUUACAGACGUAAGAAAAUAAGUGCAGAUGAUACUCGAUCAUCCGCUAAAGGCAUUGGACUACUUGGAGCCUUCAUUCUAUGCGCUUUUGUCUCCUUCAUUAUCAUUAUGGAUUUUAAAACACUUGCUCACCAGAGUUCCGUUUUAUGGAGGAAAAUUUUUGGUCCGAACACGUGCGCUUUCCGUGACCGACUGCGCAAACUUAGAAAGCCAUAACACAUCAAUUUAAAAACAUCCAAUAUUCUAUUGGCCCAAAUGCAUAUAUUUGCAUUUAAAAUUUCCAAUUCUAAGAAAAAAACUACAAAUGAUUUUAAAAAAUUAUAAAAAUAAACUUUAUAAAGCUUUCAGAUCAGGCGUGAUUAAUUUUAAAAAUCACGUGCUCAGCGGGAGUUAGAGAAAGAGAAGUGGGUGGAGCAAGGAUAGAGCACUGGAA